GGGGGUUGUGUCCAGCUUGUUUUGAUGUGUCCAGCUGGUAGCCACCCGGACUUCGUAUAAAUAGAGAAGUUUUCGGUUUUCAUUCUUAGCUGCGGCCAUAUAGGAAAAUUCUUAUCAGAAACUUGCAGUUACUCCGCGGGUUUGUGAGCCGUGUUAGCGGAUUAGCAGUGCCAUGCAGGGGGCCAGAGAAGAGCCCUCAGAGGACGACAUGAGUGAGGGAGAUUUGGGGGACGGCAUGGCUGCCCGCUCCUCCUCACGUCUGAGGAGCAGAGGGGACUUUCCGGAGCUGCUGACCCACACCAGGCUCUCGAAGAGGGUCAGCGAGGGGAACGGGCCUUUCUCCUGGACCACCUGCAGCGCCAUGUACGCCGCUUUGAGAGAGCAGCUCAGAGACUCAGACUGCAGUGUGGGGGACUCCAGUGAGGUGCUGCAGAGGAGACUGCAGGAGGUCACAGAGGAAGUUGAGCUCUUGCGGACAGAGUUAGAAGUCACCCAUCGGCACCUGGAGGGCAAACAUGAAGCUCUGAGGAUCCUGCAAGGCCAAGCUAUAUUGGAUAAAGCAACCAGCCACACCAAGAGUUUGCUUCAGAAGAGCGAGGAGCGAGCCAAAUCUUUGGAAAAGGAGGUGAACGCUCUGCAGUGGGAGAUCACCUUCAACCAGGUGCAGUUUAAGAACGUAGAACAUGCAUGGGAGCUUAAAUAUGAAAGGGUGCGUGCGGAGAACGAGGCCUUGAGGAAAGCUGUGGAUGAGAAGGUGGAGCAGCUGCAGGACCUCCGCACAGAGAACACCUCGCUGAGUCAGCAGUGUCUGGAGCUGCUGGGGUUACUGAGUGCUCAAGAGAGAAGAGACUUCCAGAAGACGCAGCCCCCGAGCAAACAGGGGAGAGAGGGGUCCGCACUGGAGCUUGCUGUGUACGGAGCGUGCCAGUGUAGUCCCAGUGUGGGGGAGCCGUGUCCCUGUGCUAAGAGCGCAGCUGCAAGCCGCAAGCAGGUUCUCCAGCUCAAACAAGAGUUGGAGCUGCAGAGGAGGAGGAAGGAGGAGGCGUAUGUGAUGGUGGACGCGUUCCGCAUCGCCUUUGAGCAGCAGCUGAGGAGAGGGAGCGAAAAGGUGCUGCAGCUGACUGAAAACGACAGGCUCACACCUCGCCAUUCGAAACCAGAGAAAGGGAAGCAAAGCUCAGCCAGCGUGGCUCAGAGGAUGAGGAGGUUUCUGCCGUCUACCAGGGAGGGAAAAGUGCCAAGUGACUCCACAGAAACCCUCCAGUUACUGCUCGAUCUGCUGAGUGACAAGGAGGAGGCCUUGGCCCAUCAGAGGAAGGUCAGCUACAUGCUAGCCCGGAGCUCAGAGGAGCUGGAGAAACGUCUUCAGGCACAGCUCAGAGCUGACCCUAAUUUGAACACAAAAGCUCCUGAACAGGUCGAAUGUGCCGGAACCGAUGGCUGUAAAUGCUCAGUGGACUGUAGCGAUGACCAUACGGCUUGUUUGUCCUCUAAUAAGCCAGAUUCUACUGUAGCAGCCGUGAACCUUGAUGAAGAGCAGAGUUCAGCAGAAGGCCAGGCGGCCGCAGAGGCCGAGCGUGAGAGCGACAGAGUUGAAGAGGAGAGUUGAAAGGAACACUACGCUUUUUUGGAGCGCACUACAGGUCCACAAAUAUGGGCAGGAAACAAGUCACAAACACAGACAGUUUAAGCUUAGUGGUAAACAAACCUCUGGAGUCACGCGUGAUUCUGUAUUCUGCAUCAUGACGAUAUAAGGAAACCCAUGUUUGAGCAUUUUUACUCCAUGGGAAAAAUGAAUGGAGCAUCCAAAAUUUGCCAGUGUGUUCCAAGCCAUACAAGUUUUUCUUGUGUACAUUUUUCCACAGAAUGUCAGUGGACCCUCUGACUAAUAAGGUCGUUUAGCAGGCAAAAUAUAAAUAAUGCUACUUACAGGUUUUUUUUGCUAAACUUUGGGCAUCCCUGUUCAAAUUAGACAUUUUAUUGAUUUUUUAAGCUGUAUUAAAAUAACAUUUUUAUGUUGAUGCACAGUUACUUUAUAUUUUGUAAAAAAAAAAGAAAAAGAAAAAAGUAGUAAUUGUGACAUGCAAAAGUUUGGGCACCCGACUAAUUCAGUAACAUCCUAUUUGGCAAAUAUUGCAGCAUGUAAGUAUUUUUUGUAGCCAGUUAGGAGUCUUUCUGGUUUUUUUUUUUUUUUUUUCAGCCACUCUUCCUUCUACUAGUUCAGAAAUAUUCUUGGUCCGUCUCGCAUACACAUCAUUAAAAUCCACAGAUUUUGCAUUUUAUAAAGUAGUUAAUGGUAGAUUUUAAGGUUUUAUUGGAUCAGUGAGAGUGUUUACAAGCAGAAAAUCAGAUUUUGUCAGGAAUUUGUUCAAUGCGUUAACAUGCUCUUGAACAAUCAGAUAAUGGGGAAACUCCAGGUCUACAUGAGUCAGACAGUAAUCAGAUUUCUUCUCUGCAAUCGGCCAGUAAACUCAGAAGAAGAUGUGACGUAAAGGUAAUUUAAAAUUCAAACUUAAUGCCGUGGCUUUUUUUUUCCCGUCAGUUGGCUCAUAAGGAUGCCCUUUCCAUUAUCUAGACUGCUGACUAGUUGUAUAAAUUACAAGUCAACAUAAAGAAGAAUGCAUCAACAAAAUUCCACACAAAAAUUUUGUGAAAUAUUUUUGACCACGACUGGAGGUUAUGGAACCAGCCUUGUGACCGUAAGGUCGCCGGUUCGAUCUCCAGAGCUGACAGGACAUGACUGAAGUGCCCUUAAGCAAGGCACCUAACCCACAACUGCUCCCUGUGCGCUGUAGAUAGGGCUGCCCACCACUCCAGGCAAGUGUGCUCACUGCCCCCUAGUGUGAGUGUUCACUACAGUGUAGGUGGUGUUUCACUGCAUGGAUGGCUUAAAUGUUCCACAUUGAAGGACUAAUAAAGGGUAACUUAA